AGAUUCGACGGAUCCCCUAAUGAUCGUUUUUCGUGUUUCAACUUUACGAAAAUGUGGAAUCGGAAGAUAAUUGAUGUUAAUAUGGCCGUUAGGAAGUCGAGUGAUCGUCUGAUGAUUGUUUUGUCGUUUGUGCGACCAGGUAAAGUAAUACUCAACAUUGGCACUUGGGUCGCCUUUGGGUUCUCCCCCGUUUGGUGGGUUUCUACGGUCAUAGACGAACUAGUGAAUUUCUGUAGACGUUAAUGUUCCCGCUUCUUAACCGGCCUUUUCUGAUUCAACAAUCAAAACCUCCCGUUCAACUAAAGAGGAACUGUUCUGUACUGGAGGAAGCGUGUCGCCCAAAAUGCCUGGUGGUUUAGACCAGGACUAUCGUCCCGUCGAUCGCUUGUUAACAUGAGGAUUUAAAUUGGUUUAUUGAGGCGCAUGAUUUUGGUAUUUGAGGUGGUUCUUCGAUUCUGGUAAUGGAAGACACUGGGCAACUAAAGCGUGCUGUAAUAGAUGCAUCAGCCGGUGCCAUUUCAGGUGGCCUUUCACGGACCAUGACAUCACCCUUGGACGUCAUUAAGAUAAGAUUUCAGGUGCAACUUGAGCCCACUUCUUCAUGGGCAUUGCUUCAAGGGCAAUUCUAUGGAGCUUCAAAAUAUACUGGAGUUCUACAAGCAACUAAAGAUAUCUUUAGAGAAGAAGGUUUUCCGGGAUUUUGGAGAGGCAAUGUCCCCGCUCUCCUCAUGGUCAUGCCUUAUGCGGCAAUUCAGUUUACAGUCUUGCACAAGUUGAAGACUUUUGCUGCUGGUUCUUCAAAAUCAGAGGAUCAUCUUCGUCUGAGUCCAUAUCUAUCUUAUCUAAGUGGAGCAUUGGCGGGAACUGCAGCAACAAUUGGUUCCUAUCCAUUUGAUCUUUUGCGUACUGUUUUAGCUUCACAGGGGCAACCAAAGGUUUACUCAACUAUGAGAUCUGCAUUCCUCGACAUUGUAAGAAUGCGUGGUGUCUCUGGUCUAUAUGCUGGAUUAUCUCCUACACUUGUGGAAAUUAUCCCCUACGCUGGCCUCCAAUUUGGUACCUAUGACACGUUCAAACGCUGGAUCAUGAUGUGGAACCAAUAUGAAUGCUCUCAGCCAAACUCAAGCCGGAUAAACGAAGCGCCCUCAAGCUUCCAGCUUUUCCUAUGUGGUUUAGCUGCCAGCACGUCAUCUAAAGCUGUGUGUCAUCCCCUGGAUGUGGUAAAGAAGAGGUUCCAGAUUGAAGGACUACAACGGCACCCAAAGUAUGGGGCACGAGUUGAGAACUGGGCCUACCAAAGCAUGUGGCAUGCACUGAGAAGGAUUGCUGGUGCCGAAGGCUGGGCGGGUCUCUACAAGGGUAUUUUCCCUUCAAUAAUCAAAGCUGCUCCGGCGGGCGCUGUCACCUUUGCGGCUUACGAAUACAUUGCCGACUGGCUGGAAUCCGGACUGGCCUGAUCCCCAAUUAACACACCUUGGUACUCUUCUGCCUGCAUCCCUGAAACUGCAAAGUUUGUGCCUUAACGAUAACGGUAAAUUUUGUUUAUUGCUUCAAGAGCCAUAUAUCCGUGCAAAGCAAAACUGGUUAGAGCUCAGAGUAGAUUGGGAGAUUGUACAGCGGCUAUGACGACCAAACUGGUGAGUUGCACAUCACGAAAGGCAAGAGAUAAGAUUUUGUUUCGAUUGAUUUAUUCAUUAUCUACCUCUGAGUAAUGGUAUUUCUGCAUGUAUCUUAUUCAACAUCUUUUAUCCAA